AUGCUUAAAUAUAACAUAAAAGGAUUAUACUGUUUUAUUGAGGAAGUACGAAAUUGUAAAAGUAAAGAGGAAGAAGAACAAAAAGUACUUGGAGAAAUAAUUAAAAUAAAAAAACAAUUUAAUGAAAAAAAUCUAACGAAUUAUAAAAGAAAGAAAUAUGUAUGGAAAUUAAUAUAUUGUCAUAUAUUAGGGUAUAAUAUAUCCUUACCCUAUUUAAAUAUAAUAAAACUAAUAUGUAGUAAAGAUUUUAGUGAUAAAUAUUGUGGAUAUACAGCAUUGUCUUUAUUAGUUCAUGAUAAUAAUGAAAUUUUAAAUAUGAUGGUAAGUACUAUCAAGUUAGAUAUAAAAAAUUAUGAUGAAAAAAUAAACUUUUUAGCUUUACAUUUUACAAGCCAUAAAAUAAAUGAAUUAUUAGUUGAAAAUUUAUAUGAAGAUAUAUUACACAUAGUUACAUCAAAUUAUAUUUACAAACCAAAUAUUAGAAAAAAAGCUUUUUUAUGUUUAGCAAAUAUAUAUAAAAAAAGACAUGAUUUAUUAUUUAAAAAUAAAAAUGAUUUAGAAAUUUUUAAAUUUCUUGAUCAAAACAUAUCCGAAAUAAAUAUGUUCACUGCUUGUUCUUAUCUAAAUUUGAUAUACAUUAUAAUAUUGAUUUUUCAAAAAUAUGAAACUUUAUUUUUAUUUACAAAAAAAAAAGAAGAUGAUGAAAAAAAAAAAAAAAAUACAAAUCGUGAUGAAGAUCAUAUUAUUAACAGUAUAGGAAAUAAAAGAGAAGAUUAUCAAGAUGAGACAAGUAGUGUUGACAAUCAUAAAAAUGGAAAUAAAAAAAAUAAAUUAAAUGAAAACAGUGAUGAUGAUAAAGAAUCAAAUAAUAAUUCAGACAAUAACAGUAUUAAUAGUGAUUAUGUAAAUCGAAAUAACUCACAAAAUAUUCCUCCUCAUAAACGAUUUUCAAUAAAUAUAAAAGAUGAAUUAAAAAAAAAAAAAGGAACAUUAGAUUUAAUUAUAGAACAAAAUCUUACUUACACCGAUUUAAAGAGAGCAGAAAAGUUUGGAGAAAUCGAAUCAGAAUGCUCAAUAAAUGUUAAAGAAAUAAAUUUUUUUGAAAUAAAUAAAUAUAUAAAUAAAUAUAUUACUUAUAUAAUAAAUAUUAUAUAUUUAAUAUUAGAUGAAAAUUUAAAAAUUGAUGAAGGUUUUUAUUAUAGCCAAUUUAGAUAUCCAUUUUUAUUAAUCAAAUGUUUACAGAUGAUACAACUAUAUGAAAUGCAUGGUCUAUCACAAACUAUUUUAAAUAAUAUAAAUGACAUUUUAUAUAAAAUAUUAAGUAAAUCUUAUAAAAAAUUCAAAAGUCAUUCUUCAUUUUGGAAUAUAUCAAGUACAGAUCUUGUAGAGAAUUAUCAAAAUAAUAUGAAUAUGCCAUCAAAUAAAAAUAUUAUCUAUUUAAAUAAUAAAAAAAAAGAAAAAAAAAGAGCAAUGAAAAUAAAUAAAAGUAUUGUAUAUAUAGAAUAUGCAAUCAUAUAUGAAUGCUGUUCUAUAUAUAACUUUUUAGAUGAUAAAGUUGAAGAAAGAAAUAGAGAUAUUUUACUUACCUUAAUAAUAUCAUCUCUUAAUACAAAAAAGUCUAAUAUAAAAUAUGUUAUACUUAAUUGUUUAUCGCAAUUUAAAAUAACUCCACAAAUAUAUAAUAAGUUAGAGAAACAUAUUUCCUAUUUAGUAAAACUAUUAAAAAGUGAUGAUAUAACAAUAAAGUUACAAACUUUUAAUAUUUUAUUCAAUAUGUGUAAUAGUUCAAAUUGGAAAUACUUAAUAAAUAUAUUUUUACAGCAUUUACCAUAUGUUGAUCCAUAUAUACAAAAUGAAAUAAUUAUAAAAAUAUGUAUUUUAGCUGAACAAUUUUCAACAAAUAUGGCUUGGUAUAUUGAUGUUAUAUUUAAAAUAAUUGAAAUUGCACAUAAAUAUAUAUUUAAAGAUGUAUGUUAUAGAUGUGUACAAGUACUAACCGGAUUUGUACAAAAUAAAAAAACAUCAAAUAAUUUAAUAUCAUUGAAAAGUGAUAAAUCCGAUACGUCAAGCAACACAAGUAACGACAAUACAAAUGCAAAUACAAAUAGAAAUAAUGAUAUAACUAACAAUACGGAAGAAGAAAAAAAAGUACAAAUGUAUGCUGCCAUGAAAUGCUAUAGAUAUUUAUCUAAAAAUAUUUGUAAAAUAGAAUUACUUAUAGAUUUAUGCUCAUAUAUUAUUGGCUCAUUUGGACACUUAAUAAAAAAUAAAAUACCCAUGAAAAAUCAGUUUAAAAUUUUAGAAAGAUAUUUUAAAUUUACUACAACAAAUACAAAAUCGGUUAUUUUACUGGCACUUAUGAAAAUGGUUUGUUAUGAGCAUAAACUGGUUGGCAAUAUUAAAAAAAUUUUAGCAGACUGUAUUGAUCAUCCAAAUUUAGAAUUACAAACAAGAGCAUGUGAAUUCAUGAAUCUUUGUAAUACUAACAAUUUUAAUCUAAUCAAUUCUAUCCUUAAAAAUAUGCCUCUAUACAAUACCAGAAAGAUGCACAAAAAUUUUCUCAUAAAACGGCUCAUCGAGAAUAACAAACAUGCCAACAUUGACUUGCUUGAAAAGGAUACCCAACUAAUAGGCGAAAAAGCUAACGAUAAAAAUAAGCUAAAUAAAUAUACAAAUUUUGAUGAAGAGUAUGAUGAAGUAAGUAAAUAUUCGAGUGAUAAAAUUUCUUCUGAUUCAUCAGGUGAAAGUUACAAUAAAAGAAAAGUUCAAAAUGAUUCUUCAUCAUCUUCUUCUUCUUCUUCGGAUGAUGGUGACUCAAAAAAAUCCUCUAACGAUUCAAGUAGCAAAUCAAAAACAAGUGAUAAAGAUUCAGAAGAUAAUGGAAAUAGAUUUAAAAUGUUAGGAUUACAAAAAGCAAAUAAUAUAAAUGAAUUAUGGUUAAAUGGCUGUUUAUUAGACAAAUCUUUAUUCUACAAAAAUACAGUUACUUCAAUUUUACUUAAACAAAGAUACCAAGAAAAUAAAGCCAUCCUCCAAUUUUAUAUCAAGAAUAUUUCUAAGGGUCCAAUUAAAAUCAUGAGCAUAAACAUUGAGGAGUCUGAGCAAAUCAAAAUCAAAGAGCAAAAAAAUAUCAAUAACGAAAUAAUUAAUGCAGAUGAAGUAUGUGAAUAUAAAUUAAAUGUCACAGUAUCAGACAUUUAUUAUGUUAUGCCUACAAUAUUUUUCAAUGUAACUGCUCCAACAUCUCCGAACCUAAUGUUUUCUUUCAAAUUGCCAAUUCUAAUUACAAGAUUUAUCAAAGAAAACAAAAUUAAUGAAGCAUCUUUUAAAAUGUAUUGGAAAGGAUUUACACAAAUUCAUAGUGAAGAUACCGUGAUGGGACUUCCAAAACAUUCAAAGAAAAUCCUCGUCAACUACUUGACUACCGCUUUUAACUUUUACGUUUUAAAGAUUGGAACACUUAUAUGUGCAUCGGGAUCCAUACAUUUCCCAACAACAAACACGGAUAACAAAAUUUUGAUCUUAGCUAAAAUUCGAUACGAACCAAGAGGGUGUCAAAUAUCAGUCAUUUCAAGCAUAAAACCUUUGAAUAAUUACCUGAAUAAGAUAUUUGAAGUUUACCUUAUAAAAAAUAAAUAA